AUGUUCGGCGGACUGAUCACGCCACAUGCGCAGUCUGGUAAACUUUCAACGUCCGCUACAGAAGUGGAGGUUCAUGCCGAGCUCAAUACGGCGAAGAAACUCUUCUCCGAAGCUGCAACCUCCGUCAAUGAGCCUCCUAACAGCCAUGUGGCCCUUUUCGAUCUUGCGUUCCCGGGGACGCAACCGCAUUUCCAAGGGGCCACGUUGAUACCUGCGAUUCGUGCCGCCAUUGCGUUUAAUUGCCAGAUCCAGAGAUCCAGUACUUUUGAUCGGAAGCAUUACUUUUAUCAGGAUCAACCAGCUGGCUAUCAGAUCACGCAAUAUUAUGAGCCGUUCGCGAAGGAUGGGCACAUCGUCCUGUACCCACACGAUGGCAUCGCACCAGAAGAUGGGAACUCGGUUACAGUUGGGAUCAAACAGAUUCAAAUGGAGCAAGAUACGGCCAAGACCAUCCUCCAGGGCAACGACACCUAUCUCCUCGACUUCAACCGAGUAUCCCAUCCUCUGAUCGAGAUUAUCACGCUUCCACAGAUUCAUUCCCCGGCCACGGCGGCAGCAUGCGUGCGCAAAAUCCAGAGCAUCCUUGAGAGCAUCAAUGCGCUGAAUGCCGGUAUGGAACUGGGGGGAAUGCGUGCUGAUGUUAACGUGUCGAUUCGGAAGCGAGGAACAGAGGUCGACAGUGGGACUGGACACCAAUACCACGGCGUGUCUGGACUCGGGCAAAGGACCGAAAUCAAGAAUCUGAGCAGUUUCAAAGCUGUGGAAGACUCCAUUAUUGCUGAACGGAACCGCCAGAUCCAAAUUCUCGAGUCUGGAGGGGUCAUUGAAGGCGAGACGAGAGGAUGGACAAUAGGCGGCACAGAGACCCGAUCCCUACGCGGAAAGGAAGGAGAGAUCGACUACCGAUACAUGCCGGAUCCGGAUAUUGCGCCGGUAAUCAUUGGAGAGGAUCUCGUCGAGCAUAUUCACGCCACGAUGCCGUUGUUGCCGGACGACGCCUUUAGUCUUCUGACCCUGAAGACUCCGUAUGGACUCUCCAUCAAAGAUGCGAAGACCGUCCACAACUUGGACGAGGGUGAACGGUUGGAUUAUUACAUGGAAGUUGUCCAAACCCUCGAGUCUGAACUCUCCGACUCCGAGAGGGCCUCCAUGCCUUAUGGGCGGACGGCUGGAAAUUGGCUACUUCAUGAGCUCGGCGGACUUUUCUCUCAAUCGGAAGAGCCAUGGGAUGCGAGCCGUGUGCGCCCUGAUACCCUUGCAUCGGUAAUUCUGAACGUGCUUCGGAAGAGAGUAACAGGAAAGACAGCAAAGCAACUGCUAGCGAACCUCUUCCAUGGCGAUUCAAGGACUGCGGAAGAAAUCAUUGAACAGGAUAACCUAGCGGUGAAGCCCAUGUCUGAUGAGGAGUACCACGCGAUGGUGAAGACGGUCCUGGACAACAAUCAAGACACAGUGCGUGUCAUCCUACGCGAUCCCCAAGCCGGGAAAUCGAAGGUGAUGUGGCUUGUCGGCCAGAUGAUCCGUGGUGCCGAAGAGGGGCGGGUUGACGCGCAGAAAGCCGCGGGAAUUGUUAGAGAGCAGUUGAAUAUCCCCUGAGUGAUACCCAUUUGUACCAUAUCUGUACAUCUAUACACAACUAGUACUCGUACUCGUACAUGAAUCCAACCUAUACGAACAAAGUCGCUAAACCCAUAAUACACCAAGCAAUGCUUUCAAAUCAAGCCCGCGAUAUCUGCUCACGCAUGCCAUCCAGCAUAGUCUGCAGCUUGUCUUCCAACCCCUUCCGCCUCUCCUCAAUCGCCUCCAGAUGUUUCCUCCGCUCCAACAUCCCCUUCGCCUUCGCCGCUAUACUCCCCAUCUGCCCCUCAAUAUCCGGCGCCUCCGCUGUCCCCGUCCCCGCUUUCAAAAUAUCCUCGCUCCUCCCAAUGACCAGCUUCCUCAACAUAUUUGUCACCUCCUCAUCCACCAUAGUCCCCUCCCCCUCCAACCUCCCCGUCACCCUCUCCAUCAUCUCCUUCAACACCGCCUCCCUUUCCGCAAACGCCUUC